AUGGAGGAGCUGCAGGAUCCCCCCUUUUCCCAGGGGAUCCCUCACCUGUCCGAGGAGGAGGAGGAGCAGCCAGGUGAGGAAGGAACAGGUGAACAACCAGGUGAGGAGGAGGAGGAUGAGGAGGAGGAAGAAGGGACAGGUGAAGAGGAUCCAGGUGAGGAAGUUCCAGGUGAUGAUGAUGAUGAUGAUGAAGAAGACCCAGGUGAGGACGAAGGCCCAGGUGAGGAUGAUGAAGACCCAGGUGAGGAAGAGCAACAGGAGGAACCAGGUGAAGCCUCCACCUCCCACCUGCUCCCACCUGCGCCGCGCCGGCCCCGCCUUUACCUGCGGCCACGCCCACCCCCGGAAGAGCCGGGCCCCUCCCACCUGCACCUGUGGGGUGAACCGGAACCUCGGAGCAGCUCACCUGAGCCAGGUGAGGCCGGCUCCUCUCCGGCCUUCGUGCAGCUCAUCGACGAGCGCGGCGUCUACUCCACGGCCAAACUGGUGCUGGGCGGGCACGCAGGUGCGCCAGGUGAGGCCGGCGCCGCCGCAGACCCGGAAGCGCCCGAGGACUCCGCGGCUCACCUGGAGAUCCGCCAGGUGAUCGUGGCCGAGAAACCUUUCCAGUGCUCCGUGUGCCACAAGGGCUUCAAGCGCGCCUGGGAGCUGCUGAGCCACGAGGUGGUGCACACCGAGGCGCGGCCCUACACCUGUCACCUGUGCCAGGCCACCUUCAAGCGUCACUCGGACUUCAAGAGCCACGCCCUGGUGCACACGGAGGAGCGGCCGCACAGGUGCGACCUGUGCGGGAAACGCUUCAAGCGCUCCUCCAACCUGCAGGAGCACCGGCGCAUCCACAGCGGCGAACGCCCUUUUACCUGUCCCAGGUGCGCCAAAGGUUUUAAAACCCCUUACGAGAGGCAGCGCCACGCCCUGACUCACCUGGCGGCCGAGAAGCCGUUCAGGUGCGGCGAGUGCGGCAAAGAUUUCCCGGCGGCCAACGCGCUGCUGCUGCACCGGCGGCAGCGCUGCCAGGACAAGCCGCACACCUGCGGCGUCUGCGGCAAACGCUUCACCUACGGCCACUCGCUCAAGGUGCACGAGCGCGUGCACACAGGUGACCGCCCCUUCAGGUGCGCGCUCUGCGGCAAGGCCUUCAAGCAGAGCAACGCGCUGGCCUCGCACGAGCGCGUGCACACAGGUGAGCGCCCCUUCGCCUGCCGCACCUGCGGCAAGGCCUUCAAGCAGUCGUCUUACCUGGCCAUCCACCAGCGGGCUCACACAGGUGAGCGGCCGUACAGGUGCGAGGCGUGCGGCAAAGCCUUCGCCCGGCCCUCGCUGCUGCUGCAGCACCGGCGCGUGCACAGCCAGGUGAGGCCGCACCAGUGCAGCCACUGCCACAAGUUCUUCAAGGACCUGGCUUACCUGGCCGUGCACGAGAAGGUGCACACAGGUGAGACGCCCUACAAGUGCGGGGUGUGCGCCAAGGGCUUCGCACACCCCUCCAACCUGCUGCAGCACCAGCGCGUGCACCGCGACACCUGAGCCGCGGGUGGGCUCACCUGGACGGCUGUGGGGGUCCAAAAAGGUGCAGCAGCA